GAAGUAUAUUACAAUUUAUUAAGGCGACAUUCCAACUCUUCAACUUAACCGAGUUCAUGGUUUUGGUGCUACUGGUAUUGGAGUUCAAUGAAAAUAGAAAACUUCGAGUAAGAAAAAGCGCGCACCGUUAACUAAAAUAUUCUAAGUUGCAUACGGUUUCGUUGUUAAAUUUGCAGCAUUUUAUUUCAGAAUAUAAGCAAGCUUACUGCUGAAAAAAUAGUUAACUACAUUUACUUCUAACCAAGAAUAGGAUUCAAAAAAUUAACAGAAUGGUUUCAGUGCGUUAUACGCGAAAUCUUUUCCUUAGGGGAAUGUGUAUUAUCUAUCUAUUUGCGUUCCUCAGCUUCUACAUUCAGAUUCCCGGUUUAUAUGGUGAUAAUGGAAUACUACCAGGAAAAACACAAUUGGAUCUAAAAGCUCAAAUAUCUCUUUUACAAAAAUUUAAACAAAAACCAACUCUACUUUGGUUUGCUCCUUAUCUUGGUUUAAAUGUUGAAUAUAUGCUUGAUGUUUUGACAUUAAUUGGAAUAAUUAUCUCUUUUUUGGGAUUCAUAUCACAAAAAUUCUGCUCUGCUCCAAUAUUUUCUAUAUUAUGGUCGCUAUACUAUUCUAUUUACCAAAUAGGUCAAACAUUUAUGUGGUUCCAAUGGGAUAAUCUUUUAUUGGAAGCUGGCUUUCUAUGUAUAAUUGUUGCUCCAUUUUGGUAUUCUAAUCAUAUAAAAAAAAGUACUCCAAGCGAUUCACUAACAUUUUGGACUGUGCGUUGGCUUUUUUUCCGUCUGAUUUUUUCUAAUGGAGUAAUUAAGCUUACUUCUGACUGCCCGCUUUGGUGGAAAUUGGAUGCCCUAAGUGUGUAUUUUGAAUCUCAAUGUAUUCCAACCCCUUUGGCUUGGUAUGCUCAUCAUUUACCAUCUUGGUAUCUACGACUUAAUACUGUUGGCGCCAAUAUACUGGAGCUUGUUAUACCUUUUCUCUUCUUUUUUCCCAUUAAGAAAGUUCGAGUUAUAGCCUUUUAUUUACAACUUAUUCUUCAAAUUCAUAUAAUUACAACAGGAAAUUAUAACUUCUUCAAUUUAUUAACAAUUUGUUUAAGUAUAUCCUUAUUAGAUGAUCAUUUCUUUUAUAGAAAGAAAUCGAAAGCUGAAAAAUCAAGAAUUUUUUAUUAUUUGUCUACUAUAAUUUGUAUUGUAUUGUACACAGGAAUUUUUUAUAGUACUUAUGUGUAUUAUAAUCUUAAGUUUACUAAAGAUUGGUCUAUUUCAUCUCAAAUAGGAUUUACAAAAGAACAAUUUAAUAACAUUCUUUCUCGUUUUAUUCCCAUUUCUGUGUAUGUAGCAUUAAUAUCACUUAGUUUUACUGUAGCUAAUGGAGUAACUAAUUCAGUUAUGAAUGUUAAAGGGGUUAAGAGAAAAAUUACUACAACACUUAUAACAUUGUUAUAUUCUACAAUUGUUGCUUUUAUUUUUGCUGUCAGUGUUGUACCAUACACAGUUUCUUUGUACCCAAAAUUAAAUAUGACUCUUCCAGUUCAAUUAAAAGAAAUUCACUCAAAAAUAAAUCAUCUGCAAUUGACAAAUAGUUAUGGAAUAUUUAGAAAAAUAACUGGUGUUAAUGGAAGACCAGAAAUAAUUAUUGAAGGAAGUAAUAAUAUUGAAGGACCAUGGAAGGAAUAUCAUUUUCUGUAUAAGCCUGGUAAUAUUAAUAAUUCGUUACCAUUUGUUGCUCCAUAUCAACCACGUCUUGAUUGGCAAAUGUGGUUUGCUGCAUUAGGCAAUUAUAGUCAAAAUCCUUGGUUAAUGUCUUUUGCCUACAGACUUUUAUAUGGACAAUCGGAAGUUUUAAAUUUAAUGAAUAAUCUUGAAAACCCCUUUCGUGAUAAUCCACCAAAGUAUAUCAGAGCUAGUCUUUAUCAUUACCAUUUUACACCAUCAAAUAAAAAGGGUAAUGUGCAAUCUUGGUGGAUAAGAGAAAGAAUAAAUGAUUAUUUUCCCAUCUUCAGUCGUGAUCAUCCACCUCUAGUUGAAUAUUUAUCAAAAAAAAAAAUUAUUCAAAAUAAACCAUACAUUAAAGUGAUGAAUAAUACUUUGAAAAUAGUAUUUGAUUUUAUUAGAUCUCUGGUAAGCAAAGUUGAGGCAACUCUAUUACUCUGGGGCAUGUUCACAGCUGGAUGUGCAAUAAUCAUGACCGGUUAAUAAAUGAGUUAUAAUAUGAAUGGUGUCAAAUAUGAAAUAGAAUAAAAAUUGAUUUCCAUGUAAAAAGAAGUGAGAAAAGACUUUUUAUAUUAUUUG